UCGCGUUACCUCGCGUUUCAAUUUCGUUUUGACGAGAAACAGCUCACGACAUUAUCUGCAUGAACAUUCAAUAAUGUUACCCCUUUCUCUUCUGAGGACGGCUGUGAACCACCCCAUGCUGGUGGAGUUGAAAAAUGGAGAGACGUACAAUGGUCAUUUGGUUAGCUGUGAUAACUGGAUGAAUAUCAAUCUUCGAGAGGUCAUCUGCACAUCAAGGGAUGGUGAUCGUUUCUGGAGGAUGCCAGAAUGUUACAUCCGAGGCAGCACUAUCAAAUACUUACGUAUCCCAGAUGAAGUCAUCGAUAUGGUGAAGGAAGAGGUCAUUCAGAAGUCCAAAGGUCGUGGAGAGAUGAGAGGUCGUGGUGGCCCACAGAGAGGUCGAGGAGGUCGAGGUGCAUUUGGAAGCAGAGGAGGUGGAAGGGGCGGAGGCCGUGGUGGUGGCCAGCAACGACCUGGAAAGGGGAGGGGUGAUUGAGUUUGACGUUAGUAGUAGGAGGCAGGCAAUGUCUAGACUCAUUCAUGUUGUUCACUGUUUUGUUUUGGGUGGUUAAAAAAGAUCCUAGGUGAACUUGGGCUUUUUGUUAUUUUUUCCAAACUGAAUACAAUUUUGAACAUUUUUCUAUAAGGAAAGAUAAAACAGUCAUGGAAUGUUUUAUUCAUUGAUCACUUUUUGUUUUAACAAGGCCUACUUUUGUGAAAAGGUAUGAUGCUGUUAAUUGAGAGUACAUCUUUAUGUGGUCGCUAUGAGAAAUAUAAGUUGGAAUUAAAGAUGAUAAUUGUUCUCACAAUUAUUUAUCAAAUGUAUUUUUUAUACAAAAAUAGAAGAUAACCACUCCAGACAACAAAGACAACAUUACAGGGAUGACAGGUGUGAUUUGGAGUGAGAGAACCACCAGGUGUGUAAUUAUGGUAUGAAAGGUGAUGAAUAUGAUAACUUGGAGAGUGGUAACAUUGUAUCAUUAUGUGUGGAGUUGAUGCAACUAUUUGUAAAGGACUGCUGUAGAUAAACUUAUAUAAAGGUGAUACUAUCUUAAUACUUGAUCUAGUUAUCAUUGUUUGAUUUGAUUCUGGAAUAAUAUUUAUUCUGUGUGGAAGUCAAGGUAUCUGUCCUGCAUUAUGCUUUAACCAGGCCUUCUGAAAUCAGUACAUCUACUCCUACAGGAAAAAAUAGGAUGAAUUCAGUAAUUGUUGCAUUAAGCUUUACUUGAAUUGUUUAGAUUGGGCAUUAUGUAGAUUCACAUUAAGGUAUCUGUAAAUUCUAUAUACAUUGUAUCCAGAUUUCACACCUACCAAAAUAUGUCAUCUCUGUUUUCACCUGGAGACCAUUUACAUAUAGAGCAAUAUUGACUUUAGGACUUUUUCUUUCAUGAAAGGGCCUUUUGAUUUCAUUAUGAGAAGAAGGUUUUAUGGAGUUGCUUAUAUAUUUUGGUAAUUUGGCCAUAUUAUGAAAUAUUUAACCCAAAAGAGCCCCCAGAAAAAAGCCCAGGAUUGCAUGUAAUCGGUAUAAUAAUAAAAUAGGAAUGUGCUCGGUCGUUGUGGGCAAACUGUAUCUACAUGUGUGCAACAUCCAAUAACAAAUUUACAGGAAAAAUAUUAAGAUAGGAUCGACAUUUGUUAAGUAUGUUAACAGUACGUCUUCUCAUAUAAUGAAAUUUGUGUCAUUAGAGAUUUUGAAAGAGUGUGGUUGUACUUUGUCAUUUUGAUGUAUAUGAAUAGUGCUAUAAUGUUGCUUUGUAAUGCUAUUGAAAGACUGGGUGUAUGUUGGCAUACUUGAAGAUGGCAACUCAAAUAUAUACAUGGUUAUUUUGCAUUACAGAGGAAAAGAUUUAAAGAAAAAUUGUGUUAUGUGCAUAUUUUUGAGAUUUGGAGAUGAUUUUCCAUAUAAUGAUAUGUUCUACGAGUAAGACAUACAUCAUCUCAAAAUAUCAUUUAUUAUAUGGUAGAAAUCUCAUGUGAAUGUGUAAAGGAUAGAGCAAAUUGUACACACCGACAAGAAUGAUAAAUAGAGUCAUAUUUCAUGUUUAGAAAUGGAACAUUGUGAGACAUCAUGCUUCAAAAUCUCCAGAUAAAUCUUUGAUUUAUGAAAUUCAUUCAAUAACAUACAUCUGAGCUUCUAUUUUUUUUUUUAAAUUUCUCUCAAAUCUUCAUUUCUUGUAUUUUAUGUGAGGAGAUUUCUAAUCUCAUCAUAGGAGUACUUCCAUAGUGCUGAUGAACUGAAAAAGAUUUGUUUCAAUGUUGGAGUAAGGCCAAACAAACCUAAUACUUGUAAAAUUUCUCAGAUAGGGAUUUAAUAGAUGUAGAAGUAAUAUAGAUUCUGCUACAUUGAUUUUUUUCUUUUUAUUUUAAAUUUAUAUAAAAAAAACAAGACAAUACUAAUGUCUGAUGUUGAUACUUAUGUACAGAUUUGUGAAUGAGUACAACCAGGGACGUAUAUAUCACGUACAACAAGUAUUAAGCUUGGUGUGGCCUAACUUUGACUCGAUGCAUGCUUUCAUUUUGGGUUUUCAAAACAGAUCCAAUUUCCUAUGACACAUCUUAAUGAACAAAAGCAGAUUCUUCUGUUAUGAUCAAAAUUUUGUCAGAUAUCUGAUGAUGUAAGAGAUCGCCAAUGAUGAGCCAGCAAAAACUUUACAAUAGAAUACAAUUGUUGAAACUGCAUGAAAAAUAUCCUUUUUUCAUUACCAAGUCAUCAUCAGGUAAAUCUGAAUUUUCCUGUCAAUGUGCAAGAAAAUUAAUUAAUUUCAUCUUCAAAUCAAAAGAUAAUUAAUCCUAUUACUAGUAUCUCAUUUAAAAUUUCAUCCUUAGUUUCCUGGAAUAAAAUCAAUAUUUCAAUUGACCCGGGUGAGUGUAAAACUGAGCUAUGGGUUAGAGGGUACAUUCACACAAAGUCUGGCAUUGUUUUCAGAUCUGUCUGUUAAUCGGAUCUCAGAACAGCCAUGUUGAUCCCCUAUUUCCUGUGUUGGACUGUGUUGGUGUUUUUCCACUGAUCGGGGUCAGUUUAAGUAGGUGUGGAGGGGAAGCAGGAUUACUGUGGCACACCUGUGGCCUCGACUUUUGUUGGCUAAUUAGUCUGUAAAUAUGAUAUCAUUGCCGAUUGUACAUCAAAGAGAUUCUGCUGUCGACCUGUGUAUAAAAAAUACAUUGUGAGCCAUCCGUCUGUAGUAAGCCAGUAUAUACUUAGGUAGUGCUGAAAUCUAGCUUCUGUCCAUCACUACCAGAACAUGUUUUGAUAUUAAAAUACACAGAUUUUACAACA